AUUUUGAUCUAAUGUUAUUUCAGACCUAUCAAAAGCUACAGGUGCAUUUUUGAGUGUUUAUGACAGGUGAUGGUAUAAUGUUUCACAUUCUUCCAUAAAGAUUCUUAGUUAGUAUCAUUUGUGAGUUUUUCUGACCUGAGAAGAAUAUUAUGCCCCCUUUUCUAAUUUCUUUUGAUUGCUUGUAGAUGCUGGACUUUAGAACACAGCAUUUUCUACCUUGUCUGUGCAUAUUCGGUUUAAAAUACAUUAUGAAAUGUCUUGGUUCUCAACCAAAUUUGGUAGCUCAGUUUUGUCUGCUGAAAGUGGGAAAGAAAGUGUAAAACAUGAAAUCAAAUAAGACCGAAAAAGUAGAAGAAAUGAUUUUGUUCUGGGCAUGUUAAGAAUAGAGGGACAAAGGGCUCUUAAAAUCUGAUAAACCUGAUGGAUGGAAGGCCUGGUUUGGUCAAGGUAAGCUGCCUAUUGAUUAUGCCUACCAUUUAAUUCUGACCUAACAGUCUUAUGCUAUGUUAUAUUUAGCUAGAUUGAGGAGGCAUUUAUAUUUUUAAAAGAAGUGUUAAGCAGCACUUCUUGUUAAUUAGCUUUCGUCAGGAAGAGAGAAACAAGAGCUGCAGACUUGACCGAUAUGAUGAGAGGAGAUCAAAAGAAAGAAGUAGAGAUCAUGAGAGAGAAUCCAGUCAUGACCACGACCAAGCUGAUAGUCGUGACUGAGGGAGGGAUUAUGAUCGAAGGAGCAGAGAUUGUGACAGGUACAAUGAUCGAGAACAUGGUAGGGAUUAUGAGUGCUCUCAGACUUAUGCUUCUAGAAGUCAAGACUGGGCAUGUUCAAGGUCUAAGGAAUGUUCCAGGGAUUAUGAUCAUCACAGACAUGAUCGGUACUAGAUGAUUGUUGCGAGGAACCAAAUGAGUAUGAAACUGUUCUUGCUUAGGUAAGUAAACGCAUAUAGGAGUAGUAUAACUUGUGUUUGCCCAAAUUAAUGUUUUUCUCAGUAAGUUCGAUAGUUCCUCCUGUGGACGUAUCAACAUGUUUAAUUAAGAGGAUAUUUGUUA